UCGCUUCUUGGUUCACCCUGAUGUUGUGACCGAGAAGGAGCACCAACAGGCGGAACCACGACCCGUCGCCGCUCGUACCCGCCCGGUUAAGGGGCGUAUGCGCACUCCCGAGACACCAGGAAAUAUGGCGGCGCUCAUGACUCUCAGUCAGUUAUCAAGUGGAUUCCCAGCCUAUGAGAGCUAUUACAGACAGCUGGAUCCAUUAAACACAGGCAAAAUAUCAGCUGGAGAUGCAGCUCAGUUCCUCAAGAAGUCUGGGCUGUCGGACAGUACUUUAGGGAAGAUUUGGGAUUUGGCAGAUUCAGAGAGAAAAGGCUAUUUGGAUAAGCGGGGUUUCUUCGUAGCGUUGAGACUGGUGGCCUCAGCGCAGGGUGGAAAUGACAUCAGCCUUAAUAACCUCAACCGAAACUUGGCUGCACCAAAAUUUAGAGACACUAGCAGCCCAUUAUUAAGUGCUUCAACAUCAGGACCUGACUCACAGUGGGCAAUUAGGCCUGAUGAAAAAGGGAAGUUUGAGGCCAUUUUUGAGAGUCUGUCUCCUUUAAAUGGUCUCCUCCCUGGGGAUAAAGUCAGGCCGGUUUUGGUCAACUCCAAGCUACCUCUGGAUGUGUUAGGAAAGAUUUGGGACCUCAGUGAUGUUGACAAAGAUGGACAUUUGGACAAAGAUGAAUUCACAGUGGCCAUGCAUCUUGUGUAUCGUGCCAUGGAGAAGGAGCCUGUCCCAGUGGCCUUACCCACUUCCCUCAUACCCCCUUCUAAAAGGAAAAAAUUUGCAAGUGGUCUGCCAGGUGCUGUUGCUGUGCUGCCAGCUAUGCCUGGGCUUAUGGGUGGUCCUGCCCCACUCAAGGAGACCCUGCGAAGCACUCCUCCUCUGAGCACCGCUGGUCUCCUCAGCAGCAGUACUGUCAACCUCUCUCCAAAACACUCCUUUAAAUCCAGCUCACCGCCAGCAGUGAACUGGGUGGUACCGGUGGCCGAUAGGGAGAGAUAUGAUGACAUCUUCAAGAAAGCAGACACCGACAACGACGGCCUUGUUAAUGGAACGGAGGUCAUAGAGAUCUUCAUGCAGUCCAGUCUCUCGCAGACUAUGCUGGCACAGAUAUGGGGACUCGCCGACACUAAACAGACAGGAAAGCUGACCCGGGAGCAGUUCUCUCUGGCCAUGUAUCUGAUCCAGCAGAAGACCACUAAAGGCGUAGACCCUCCCUCCACUCUUACCCCAGACAUGAUCCCUCCAUCAGAAAGGACUGCGGCUUCAGCAGCGGCCCACAGCUAUGCGGGGCUUAUGGCAUCCAUGAGAGCUGAAUAUGCUCCACUAACUAAUAUGCGCAGAGACAGCGCCAGCUCCACGGGGUCGGCCGAGCUGACGGGCAUCAAAGAGCUGGAUGACCUCAGCCAGGAAAUCGCUCAGCUGCAGAGAGAGAAAUUCAUUCUGGAGCAGGAGAUCAGGGAAAAGGAGGAAGCCAUCAGACAUCAAAAUAGUGAAGUUCAGGACAUGCAGGAUGGAUUGGACAGGGAGAGCAGCAGCCUGCAGGACCUGGAAUCGCAGAAGCAGGUUGCACAGGAGCGACUAGAGGAGAUGGACCAGCAGCGCUCCAAGCUAGAGGGAAUGCUCAACGAUGUCAAGCAGAAGUGCCAGGAAGAGACCCAGUUGAUCUCAUCCCUGCAGAGCCAGAUCCGCUCUCAGGAGACCGACCUCCGCAGCCAGGAGGAUGAAGUGAGUCGCACCAAGGUGGAGCUGAGCCGGCUGCAGGAGGAGGAGGCCCAGUUGGAGCAGAGCCUGCUCUCUGGUCGGGUCCAGCUGGACAGCAUCGUCAAGUCGCUCAAAACCACUCAGGACGAGAUCAACCAGGCUCGCAGUAAGCUGUCGUUGAUUCAGGACAAUCAAAAGGAGGUGACCAAGACCAUUGAGCAGUACAACAGCGCUCUGAGUGACAUCAACGGGGGGAACUUGAGCAACCUGCCGGACUUAAGUGAAGGGUUUGCUGAGAGGGAGAAUGGAGGUUUCAGAAGUACGGAUGACUCAUUUAAGUCAAAGAUAGCCAUGUUCAACAACAACAGUGCUAAGGAGCCUCCAGCAGACCCUUUCCAGACAGAGGACCCCUUCAAAUCUGACCCUUUCACAGAUCCAUUCGGAGGAGACCCUUUCAAAGAGAGCGACCCCUUCAAAGGCACCUCAUCUGAAGAUUUCUUUAAGAGAACAGACAAGCCAGACCUGUUUGGAUCCUCUGACCCCUUUGGUAGACGACCCACCCCGCCAGCUAAGCCAAGUGCCUUCAGCAGCGGUGACCCUUUCUCGUCAAACAGCCCCAAACUAAAGGAUUCAGAUGUGUUUGGGACAACAGACCCCUUUGGAAGCAACUCUUUUGGAAGCAAAGGGAGUGGAUUUGCCGACUUUAGUCAGAUGUCAAAGAAGUCGGACAACCCUGCGCUCCCAUCAAAGAAAAAUGUGCCUAAUCGGCCUGCACCUCCCUAUGGUACGUUCAGUUUGACUGCAUCAGAGCCGAUCUGGAGUGACAGUAAAGACUCUUUUGUUACGACACACUCGAGUAAAACAUCCAAAGACUGCCCCCUGGGUUUUGCAGAGUUUGGCUCAUUCGGAAGUGAGAACCAGCAGCUGGAAUGGGCCAAGCGGGAGAGCGAGCGUGAGGAGCAGGAGAGGCUGAGGAGGCUGCGGCUCCAGGAGCAGCAGGACCUGGAGCUGGCCAUCGCUCUCAGCAGGGCCGACAUGCCCAGCUCCUGACCAGGCAUGACCCUCCACAGCUUUCAGUCCCCCUCCUUGUGCCGCACAGUGCUCCCUGUCCACAGGCUCAUGACAACAGCACCGACACUGGCCCGAGAUGACUAGCAGCCCCUGUUACCAAUUUGUGUGAGAGACCAGUGACUCUCCAGCAAUGACUGGACUCAUGUCAAAUGACUCCACAUUUAGCAAACCAGUUUAGGUUCAUUGCUCCCAAACUACAUGGCAACUAUAAUCAGGGACAAUACGGAGCCACUUGAUUUAAGCCUGGCUUCGUCCUGCAAAAACAUAGCGAUUUAACGCAACCCCAACCAGCAGGGUACUCAACUACAACCUAUAUCUAGCUCCAUAUGUUGUUAUGGCUAAUCCCCCUCGAUUUACCCCAAAGCCUUCCUGUCGCACGAAAAAAAACAUAACCUUUUUAAGAAUAUUUUACUGUUUUAUUUAUAUACACAAGCAACGAAUCUGUGGUGUAUGAAGUACUUGUAAAAUGCACUGUGUAAACUGUUUUAUAUAACCUUUAAUUACCCAGAAGAACUUCCCAAUUGAAAGUCAGAUCAUACACGCUAACGGUUCUGUUAGCUUAUGACUGAGUUUGUCCAAUUUCAAAUGUUUUUUUUUUUUUUUCUGAAGGCAACUGCUUCAUGUACUGUAAAUAUUGUUAGAUGAUGAAGUCUCAGAAGAGCGGAGUCCAUCUUUAAAAAAAAAAAAACAAUUCUGUGUUAAUAGACUGGAGCUUAGUGAUCAGAUCUUCAGUCGCAUGGUUUUGAUUUUUAUUUUAAAAGUGUUUGACGCCAUUUAUGCCUGCAUGUGGACUCUUUUAUGGCCUUAAGGUUUUCAGUAUAAUCAAACCCCCGACAGUAAAGUAGAUAUGCUGUUUUGGGAGGCUUUCUAUUGCUAACGCAGCUUUGGUUAAAUAUGAUUUCACCCUGAAUCAUGAGCUGCCUCUGGUAUUUACAGUAGUUCAGAUGCUUGAGAUAAUCACUGAGGUCUUCCUUUGUUAUGAACAAACGUCAGUCCACCUGGAGCGCUCUUGCACCACCCCUCUGAUUUCAGCAGCUUAUGUUUGUCAGAUGGUUUUCUCAUCUAUUUGCUUGUUGCAACGCCCCAAACAACUUGCACUCCCAUACAACUAAAAGCCUCUAUAAAAUGGAAGUAGUGUAAACCUACAUUGUUUAUACUGGUGCUGUUACACUUCGUUAUCUCCUCUUUGCUUUUUCACACUACCACUGAUGCACAUGUGAGGACAGCUACCAACUGCUUCUCUCAUUUUUGAUCAACCAUCGGAUCUUUGUUCUUCCGCAGCUUUGUUGUUUUUCACUCUACAUAUAUGUCUUAUGAUCCAGUUGGAGGACAUCUUGUUAAAAAAAACGUAAAACAAAACAAACAAACAAAAAAAGAAACGCCUUAAAAAUGUUUCAUCUGUAUAACUGUCUAACACUAAUCAGGUUUAUUCGGCACAUAAUGUGUGCACUGUAUAUUCCAGAGCGUCCUGGACAUGUACAGCGUGACAGCGCCUUAUUUAUCAACAUAUCAACGUUGUAACAUGUAAAAUUGCACAGUAUGUAUGUGAUUAUCAAAACUGUAAUAACUUUUAAUUGAAUAAAAGUGAUUUUUAACAUUCCUGGAAAAAGGUAAGUCUUAUCGUUUCAGUUAAAUAUUGUUCCAACAACUGGGAAGAUAAACAGAGGCACUUCUGUGAUUUUUCUGGUAUCUGUACUUUGCUGGAGAAUUUAUUUUUUAGUUCUACUUUGUACAUUUUAACUAAAACAUCUGUACUUUUGA